AGAUUGUUCUUUUUCUCUCGCACCCGUGGAAGCAACUAUUCGGCAUUAUAAAUUGAAUAGACGAGAACCUCAGUGCCCUGUGAACGCGAACAAAAAGCGAAGCAUCAUCUAACUCCCAAUGCCUAGCAUACCGUUAGUUGCAGAGCUGGGAGCGAAGGCGGACGAAUUUCAGCAGCUACUCAACGUGUCAAAAAUCCCCGGUACUGUAACGCAGAAAUUGCGCCCCGUAAUGGAUCCCGAAGAGCUCUUCACUUUUCAAGAUUCUCGCAUUUUCGUCCGUGCACGCCCAUACGUGCCACACGACAACGAAAAUCCAAACAACCAGAGUAUGAUUCAGAAGAUUGAGGGAGACAGAGAUCUGGUUGUUAUGACGCCCAAAAUUUCGCUUUCUGGUCAGUGCACCAUUGAUCCGUGCAUUGUCAAUUUGGACGGCGCGUUUGUUGGUGCACGAGACGACACAGAGCGUGUAUACGUUCAAUCGUGCGCACCGCUUGUCUCACUCUCUGUCGACGGCGCUUCCACUUGCAUUUUGUGCUACGGUCAGACCGGAAGCGGCAAGACGUACACGACCACUGGCAUUUUUCGCUUCAUCGCCAAAGAUAUGGCACCCUUUUUUGACACGCAUGACAUUCUCUUGACAGUUUUGGAAAUUCAGGCUCUAAAAAACAUGGACCUGCUCACCGGAACCGAUGUCCAAGUGGUGGAAGAUAUUUCUGGGGAGCUGAAGCUGUUGGGUACGGAGGCCUUCGAGUGCUCGAACGCGGAAAUGCUUGUUGCUGCGUUUGAGGAAGGCGCGUCUCAACGUACGACUCGUUCAACGGAACGAAACGAAACAUCCUCGCGCUCGCACAUGAUCGCCCGUAUUUCGAUCGUUUCCAAAGAAACGAAGUGGGCGAAGCCUGGCGACUUGUUUAUUGUCGAUCUCGCCGGUAGCGAAAACACAGCCGACAGCGCGACACACGAUAAGAGCCGCCAGGCCGAAACAAAGUUCAUCAACACUUCCCUCAUGACACUCAAAGACUGCAUUCGUUCUCGCGCCCUUGCCGCGUCGAGUACGCAACAUCUGCACAUCCCUUACAGACGUUCUCCUCUAACGCUGCUUUUGCGCGACUGUUUCGAAAUUGCGGUGCGUCGUCCCACCAAAACAGUCAUGAUUGCGUGUGUUUCACCGCUUUUGCGCGACGCUCGUCAUACGAUCAACACUCUUCGGUACGCCUCUCUGCUGGCUGUGACCCCGCCCGCGAAAGUUGUCGCUGCUGAUCCUAAUGAUCCGAAUAAUUUCACUCGCACACAAGCACUUGAGUUUAUUUCAAAGGUCUCGCAAGGAAAUAUUCAAUUUCCAGAGUUUAUCCUUCCUGAAGGCGACGGUCGGACGCUUGUACACAUCCCAGAAGCUGAGUUCAUCCGACGCGUGGUGGAAAGUCACCCGCACAUCGCUGAAAAGAAGGCAAAGAUGAUUUAUACGGCGGUUUGGAAACGUAUUGUUGACGCGCGUACCAAGAACAGGAAGCAAAUGAUUGACGCAAAACGGCACAUCAAAGCUCCUCGCUGUGCUGCAUAA